CGCGAUUUAUUCGUAUUGUUUACCAAAUGUUACGCCACAGACUCACAUAGGAAAGGUUGGGCCGUUCCAAAUGGAGAAAUGUAUUUGUCGUCAAACGACGCGUUAGCUAAGCACAAUAAGCGCACUCGUUUUGAAUUAUCGACGUCAUAUUAAAGAGAAUAACGGAGCGCGUAUCCCGCGUUCUGAUUGGCUGACCGAUACCUGCAAUGCGGUGGAGUGAGAACGCCGGAUGAGCAAAUAGGGAAAUAGCCUCAGCAACUAAUUGGAGCCGAAAUUAAAUAUUAUUUAUUAACCUGAAUAAUACCACUUAUUCGUUUUAUGAAAUCAUUUUUUAGUAUUUUUUUAAAAAUAGAGCAUAAAAAUAGAGUUUCUAGUCGUUCAUUGCGCCUUCAUCGACAUUAUAUUGUUACCACUAACAACCAUCUUACACCACAACUGACCAAAUUAAGUAACGCUGUUAAACUGGACCUAACAACGGCAUGUCUACGUUCAAGUUGUGAGGAGCACCUAACCUACGUUGAAGCAACGCAAAUGUGGUUGCCAGGGCGAACCGGCUUACAAUAGCACGACCUUAUUCAGGGUCUAGCAACCACACGAUACGCCUCGCGUAAUACUAAUAGGCUCUAAUGCUCACACUGAGCCACUGCACCAAGUAACGCCAUACUCCGGAAAUGAGUGACUAUAUAUGCGUCAAACCAACGCUCUGGUCGCACGAACUCGGCACCAAAUGUUGAAAAGCCGACACUGCUUCGACUUCCUGCUUUUUCUGUUGUUUCGUUAGUUUGUGACGUCACAAUAACGAAGUGUAUUCUCUAAGAAUUAAAAGGAUCACGCGACCGACUUCUAGUAUUCGACAGGAUGUUUUUAUCACGCCACUGUCCGAUAGCAAUCAGCUUUUGCCAAAAACAACUAGAUAAGAAACUACGUGGCUGACGAAUACCUGUUCGGUUGGUGACGUAUAAUUUACCAUUUUCCUCAGUCUAUCAUAUGAAAGUGAACUCUCGUACGCCCUCUGACGGUUAUCGUUAGUAGUAGUUUUACUUAUUCAAGAAUGAAUGAUUGUAACUUGUUUAUACUCGUGUGGCGGGGAAAUAACUGUCGUUUUAACUGAGGUGUUCUGUUUCACACACCUCGUGCUGUUUAUCGGUUACCACGCAUGUAACAGGACACGCACGCUUACAAUAGCAUCUAGCCUUGUACCCAGCACUCUAAGGUUACGAAACAAGCCCCAAAUGACACACAUAACGCAUUUAUUUACGUCACAUACGCGACACAAUUCAUAUUCUUGCGUCACUAGGUUGUUGUCAUUAUGCUAUAACAUUAGAAACAAGAUAUCACGAAUAUGGUUCCGGGCCAGUCAUGUGUUCUAGUUGUAGGUUUACGUAACAAUUGUUGCAAAUUAGACGAUUAUUACAUCAGGUUUAGGAUUAAUUAUCACUGCCACAGUGUUAAGCAGUUAACCCAUCAAUACCAGUUCCUGUGCGCGUGCAUUUUCUGUUUUUAAAGACCAGAAUCAAAAAUAUUAAGCUUAUUUAUCAAUUAUAGAGAAUUGGCAUCAGAAAAUUUUUAAACAAUUGUAAGGUAUAGAAUCCUCCGCAACAUUUACAUUCUAGGCUAGCGGUUAAAGGAUAGAGGGUUAGCGGUUAGCAAAUGGCGUAUAGGGGAGGAUUUUUCACCAGUACAAAUUUCAAAGUCGCAGCAAUUCUUUGCCCAAAUGCUGUAGCAACAAAAUAUGUCGAAAAAUUUGUUGUUAGCUAUACACUAUCAUACUUAGUGCAAUUAAACACCAUCUAAUUCCUUUUGCAAUAUUAGGAAGGGCCAAAGGCCCAAAGUUAUUAAAAAAGUCGUAUUAUUCUAUUUUGCUUUUGGUAUUUCCCUCUACAGCUAUAAAUUUAUUAGUGCUGCGUUGUUUUUAUGCCCAAACGUAUUGGUUGUGCAAUGUUUAGGGUUUCUGUCUGUUACCUGCCUGUAGGUUCAAAAUGAUUGUUUUAAACAGUAAUUUCCUUGUUUCCAGUAAUUUCCUUGAUCACUUUCUGCAAUAACUAGCUAAUUAAUUAUUGUAAUCGCCGCAAUUGCUUCUAAUAAUGGUAAGUGCCUUGCGCUUUGUUUAUUUUUUAACUUUAUUCGCAAUUUAUACACAGCACAAGAACAAUGACACGCAUCAGACAAUCGACUAUUAUGAUUCUACAAAGUUAAAGAAUGUGUUCGCGAAACAUCAGGACGACGGGUUCGUUAAUGGAGAAGAUUUAAAAGUCAUCAUGUUCGAGGUUGGGCGACAUCUAACGGAUAACGAAAUCAUGGAUAAAGAUGGCGUCGUGUCAACAACAGACCUGCGGCUCGCCCUUUCUUAUGGGUCUGAUAUUCAUUUUUCCUAUGACGACAUAAUAAGCAUUGUUAGAAAACUAAGCAACAGUGACAAUGGUUACGUCACAUUUCAAGAUUUUGAUAAAUUUAUGGAUUCUACAUGAUCGGAACCAGGGAACCCCCCAUUUAGUUCAUCUCUUGUUUCCAUCCGCACGCUGGCGCUCGUCACUUACUUCUAUUACGUCAUAUUUACCCACGUCAUAUUCGCUUUCCUGUUACGGGGAUUGCCCCUAGAUUUUGUUUGUUUUGCAACAAUGUAUUUCCUCAUACUGUGACGUCAUAAGUAAAAAGAUACUUUUUG